GUUGCAAGCUACAGUUCAUCACCAAACAAUCUACCACCACUCCAUCGCCCGUCGCGCCCAUUCGAACGACUCCCGAACCACCAGUCAACCAAUCCGCUCCGCCGUCAACCAUCAUUCCGCCCAUCAUGGCGGCCAUGGGUUACGCACCGAUGCUUUCAGAACAGCCAGGCUACUCAUUCGCACAAGCUCCCACAUCAUCACGCUCGCAACCCAAGCAGCACGGCUUCUACCCAUACACCGAUAACGGUGGCUCAACUCUCGGCAUCAGUGGACAAGACUUCACUAUUCUUGCAGGCGACACACGUUCCACAUCGGGCUACAACAUCAACACGCGAUACGAACCGAAACUCUUCAAGAUCGGUGGCAAUGGACCGGAUAACGAGGGCUCGAAGAUCGUGCUCUCCGUGGUCGGAUUCGCAGCAGAUGGACAUGCCCUCAAAGAGCGACUCGAUACCAUCGUGAAGAUGUACAAAUACCAACACGGCAAGGACAUCUCCAUCGGCGCUUGUGCGCAACGCCUCUCACACAUUCUAUACGGAAAGCGCUUCUUCCCGUACUAUGUUCAUGCGAUUCUGGGAGGAAUUGACGAGGAGGGCAAGGGAGCACUGUACAGCUACGAUCCAGUUGGAAGUUACGAGAGGGAGCAAUGUCGCGCCGCAGGUGCCGCAAGCAGUUUGAUCAUGCCAUUCUUGGAUAACCAGGUCAACCUGAAGAACCAGUACGACCCCGUGCAGCCGCAGGGGUUCGGCAAAGAGCCUUUGGUGCCAAAGCCGCUGGAUCGCAAGCACGUGGAGGAGCUGGUCAAGGAUGCUUUCACAAGCGCUGUGGAGAGACAUAUCGAGGUCGGUGAUGGGCUGCAAACGAUGAUCAUCACGAAAGAUGGUAUUCUAGAGACGUAUGCGGAGCUGAAGAAGGAUUAGAUGGAACGAGUCACGAUGGAAGAUGUACGAUACUCUGCAACCAUACCACGAUGCUUAUGCAUAGCACGGUGCGAGGAGUCAGGCUACAUGGACUGCCACAAUACAGAGCCCUGCGACGAUCAGGCAUUGCAUUCAGCCAGUCCACUGCUUCUCGUUCAGCUCAUUGCCCUUUCAAAGCCUGCAUGCGGCGUCUCGCGGAGAAAAGGAGAAAAGAAGAUGGUGCAUUGUAUCCGAAGAAAUACAGUCUGUACUUACCCGAUGCAUAGCUUCCUCUCAACCUGCGCUACUACUGCUUAAGACAUCAAGCACGGUCUUGAAAUUCGGCGCCCAAUAGAACGCUUCCUUCUUACCAUCCAGAUCUUUUAGUGAACUCAGAGGAGGCGGCACAUACUUCAGCGGCGAGAAGACUUUCCGACUGGCCUCCUCAUACUGAUCCUCUGGCACAUCGUACAACCAAAUACCUAAAUCUGCUUCCCAUAAGCAGUCAAAGUCGGUGGAGGAGUCCCCGAUAUAGACUGUGAAGACAUGCGGAGAGCGAGCAGUCUUCCUCAGCCGAUUAAUUUUGUCGAUAUUCGUGCGGAGGUCUGAGCCAUCUGGGUUGACGAUGAUGCCCGUGCUUCCAUCUGGCGAAUCGAUGCCUUGAAUCUGGUUUGCAUAGACUGGAAUGCGUCCAAUGAGAGCCUGUAGGGGAGAAUCAUUGGUAUCUGCAAGAAGGCCAUGUCGAAUUGCUGUACGGCUCCAAUUCACGCUCAAGAUCUCAAGUGAAGAUUCGUUGCCUGCUUCUGUUGUCGCUUCAGGAAGGUAGAGCUUGAAAAGAUCGUCCCAGCCUUUGUGAAGUUCUAGUUGGCCACUCGCGAGAGCUUUGCGAACAGCCUUUUCAACAUCGUCCUCGGUCACGCCUUUGAAGAAGCCACAGUCUUGCACUCUUUGCGCGCUUUUUAGCUCCACCCACCCGCGAGUUGCUAACCAGGCACUGUACUCUGACGCGUCGUAGUUCUUCCAGUCAAAUUUCUCAUUUUGCCAUUUCGUGUAGUCUUUCACGUAUGCGUCUACAAUUUCUUGCCAGGACAACUUUGUAGACUGUUUUGGCAAAUUGCCAAGGAGAAACAUGGUAUCUUGCUUCGUAAUCGUGCCAUCGUAGUCCAGAACCAGUCUGGUAGGUCGCUUCAGCUUCCUUGAGGUCAUCGUGCUUAGUCGAUGACAAUCUACUACUGGAGCUGGAGCUCGAGUAUGGCAGUGUCUA